CAUCGACGUCGCAUCUGUCGACCCCGCCGACCCUGCCUGCCGCGCCUGCCUCGCCUGCCUCCAUGGCACCUACCAACUUAACAACCUAGGAUCCAAUUGUUCCUUCCUCCCUCAAUUCCUCUUUGCGGCUCUUUCCCAGAAGGAACAACACGGUUGCUUUCUUAAAAAAGGUCCUCGAGACGACAAAAAAACUCCCCUCUACUUUUCUCUCUCCACGUCACCCAAUCGAGGAAUCUCUUUCCCUUUUCCACCUCACCCUCGCCCAACUUCCUUUUCUCCUUCUCUCCUAAACCUCGACGCUUCUUCCCUCAAGCACUUCAAACAGCAGUCUCGGCCGUUGCUCUGCUACAGACCACGUCCAAUUCCUCGACGUCUUCCACACAGUCAUCGCUUCCCCCGACGUCAUCAUGGCUCCCCGUACCGACUUCCCGCCCGUCCGGGCCUGCCUCUUCGACAUGGACGGUCUCCUUCUCGACACCGAGGACCUCUACACCGCUUGCAUUAACGUCAUCCUCGAGCAGUACGGCCGCCCCCUCCUGCCCUGGAACAUCAAGGCCAAGCUCCAGGGCCGUCCCGGUCCCGAGUCCACCCGCAUCUUCCGCGAGUGGGCGCAGCUCCCCAUCGAUCAGGACGAGUACCAGAAGAAGCUGUCCGUCCUCCAGCGCGAGCUCUUCCCCACCACCCAACCCCUCCCCGGCGUCCCCGAGCUCCUCCAGAACCUGGGCCGCACCCGCUACUGGGACCUCAAGCCCGCCGACACAGCCGCCGGCAAGAGCCCCCACCGCGUCCACAUCGCCCUGGCUACUUCCUCCCACGAGGCCAACUUCAAGCUCAAGUCGGACCACCUGACCGAGCUCUUCUCCGUCUUCCCCUCCCACCGCCGCGUGCUCGGCGACGACAAGCGCAUCGCCGCCGGCCGCGGCAAGCCCAACCCCGACAUCUUCCUCCUCGCCCUCAAGACCAUCAACGACUCCCUCGCCGACGGCGAGAAGCCCAUCACUCCCGACGAGUGCCUCGUCUUCGAGGACUCGGUCCCCGGCGUCGAGGCCGGCCGCCGUGCCGGCAUGCGCGUCAUCUGGUGCCCCCACAAGGGUCUCCUCAAGGAGUACGCCGGCCGCGAGAAGGAGGUCCUCGCCGGCCGCACCGGUGAGGCCGGCCAGGUCGACAUGCACCAGGUCGGCGACGUCGACGACGGCUGGGCCGAGUACCUCCCCACCCUCGAGCACUUCCCCUACGACAAGUUCGGCAUGGUCAUCCCCCCUGUCGAGGUCGACAGCGAGCCCUUCAUGAAGGAGAACGUCGGCGACGUCCUCGUCGACAAGACCAACGGUUCCGCUUGAACGAGGGGAACUUGAGAAGGGACGAGCGACAGGCAUUCGGCAUUCCGACAUGGUGUCAUCCCCCUCCCCCCCACCAAGUUGGGUACCUGCCGACCUCUCUUCUUGAGAGACAAAAAAAAAACCCUCUUUCUCUUUUUUUUUUUUUUUUUUUGUGUCUGCCGAACGACACCACGAAGAACGGCUAUAGACGAAACACCGAUUUCGCGACGAUUGACGAAUGGAUGGAUUGGCAUCAUAGAAGAUGAUUCCUUGUGAUAGGGAUGGGGGGGGAAAAAGCAAAUUAGACAUACAACGAGUGUCUAGUGCAGGAUACACCCUUGGUUCUUUUGCUUCUCCUUUUUUUUUUAAAGCAUAGGCAUUGCGAUAGAUUCCCAGGUUAGAGAGAAAGGUUACAUGCAUAUAGACGAUUGCCGUCCCCCCCAAUACCGUGAUACAAGUCGAUACGCGCACAGUAUCU